CUUCCUGUCUUGGGACGGAUACCCGGAAGACGGAGGAGGAAAACACCGAGAGCGGAGAGAGCAGAGGACGGGCCGGGGAAGAUGAGUUGGAACCUUUUCAAAGCCGGGCCCAAAAAGCAGAUUGUCCCAAAAGCAGUAGAAAGAGACUUUGAACGAGAAUAUGGAAAGCUCCAACAGCUGGAAGAUCAGACCAAAAAGCUGCAGAAAGACAUGAAGAAAAGCAUAGAGGCUGAUUUAGCGAUGUCUAAGUCGGCUGUCAAGAUCUCCUCAGACCUGUUAGGGAACCCCCUGUGUGAACCAGACGCAGAUUUCCUAUCAAUGGUGACCGCACUGGACACGGCAAUGAAACGCAUGGAUGCAUUUAAUCAAGAAAAGGUUAACCAGAUUCAGAAGACCGUGAUGGAUCCUUUGAAGAGGUAUAGCAGCGUCUUCCCCUCACUGAACAUGGCUGUGAAACGUCGGGAGCAAGCUCUGCAGGAAUACAAGAGACUCCAGACCAAGGUGGAGAAGUAUGAGGAGAAGGAGAGGACCGGGGCUGUGAUUGCCAAGCUACACCAGGCCAGAGAUGAAUUGCGCCCAGUUCGGGAGGACUUUGAAAUAAAGAACCGCCAGCUAUUGGAAGAAAUGCCGAAGUUUUAUAAUAGUCGCAUUGAUUUCUUCAAGCCGAGCUUCCAGUCAUUGAUCCGAGCCGAGGUGGUGUAUUACACAGAGAUGUCCCGAGUGUUUGGAGAGCUGGCCCAGCAGGUGGAUGAGGACCAGCCCACAGAUGCUGAAAGAGAGCGGGAGAAUGAAGAAAAGCUAGCUGUGCUACGUUCUUUGUCCAUUGUAGCGGAUGACUGACACCGGCGCCAUUGAUCGGACUGGCAAACUGUUAUUUGGAAAAGAUGUUACCACUGGUGACCCCGGCAUGAGCACUAACCAGAUCCAUGUUAGGUAAAUAAGUUACUCGCAGCAUGAAACCCUCGCCGGGCCUGUGCUGGCACUAAGUAUUCACCACUGACAUUCCAUGAUGCCUGACAAUAGCUAAUACACAUCUCGGCACAAUAACCCAAAUCUAAUAUCCAUCAUAGUCUCAUACUGUCUUACUCUGUAUUUUCCUGUCACGUUGGAAACGGCAAAUCUGUGGAAUACGGGAAGAUUGAACUUACUCCUAAAGUGCCUUUUGUGAGAGUUUUACAAAAAGUUGACUGUUAUGGAAAAAAGCUUCUGGACAUUGUCUUCAUGUAUCAGAUGAUCUCAG